UAUGCGCGCGUGUGUAUCAGGUCGGGCCGAGGGAUUUAACCGUGUGGCUGAUUUUAUGGAGUAUCCGCAGUGGAUGGAUUUAUGGCGUCGAGAAUCACGUUGCUGUGUUGUCUGCUAACGGUAGCGUCGUCCAGUUCCUGCGACAAAGAGGGCCAGUGCAUUCCGAGGGGCAUCAAUUUCACUCGCCCGUCUGGUGCAAAACUGGUAGCGGUGAAAGGUGAGCCCCUCCUGCUGGACUGUUCCGUGUCGGUGCUGCCGGAGCUGGCUCCAUACAACAUCACCUGGAAUCACAAUGGAAAGCCAUUGGACUGGAGCGCCACAGAACACACUGUGCUGUCGAAUGGUUCCCUGUUCAUCGAGCAGUUUUCCUUCCAGAAGAAGAAGAGUGGCCGCAAGGACAAUGGCACUUACACUUGCAUGGUGCACACAAAGGCUGGCACCAUGUUCAGCCGCCCAGUUCAAGUUGAACUAGCACGCAUGCCCAAAGGCUUCUCCGAGGAGCCUAAAUCAUUGAGCGUUUCUACUGGCAGCAUCGCAAGGUUUGCAUGCCAUGUCAUGUCCGUGCCAGCUGCGCUCUACAACUGGCAGCGUAACUUGGAGGAUGUGCCGCCUGAUGAUAAACGGUUCACACAGCUCUCUUCGGGAGUCCUGCAGAUUGUUAAUGUUACAGCUGCUGAUGCUGGAAACUAUCGCUGCAUUGCGAAAUCUGCUGCAAGGACCCAGUACAGUGCAGAAGCUACAUUGACAGUGUUAGAGUCAGCCGGUCACGAAGCCCCUGAUCAGCCACCAGAGUUCCUAAACCCAUCUGACCAGGAGCUGACACUUGUAACGGGAGACACAGUUGAGCUUGAAUGUUUUGCCAGGUCGUCACAGCACACUUUUGUCACAUGGAUACGACAAGGGGGAGCACUUCUGCCUGAAGGCCGCAGCACUUAUUUCGGUCAUGGUAAUCUGCGAAUUACUAACCUGACACGAAGCGACGCUGGCAUCUACAAAUGCCUCAUCAGCACAUCACGAACUACAGCUACUGAGACACUUUCAUUAUCAUCCCAGUCGCACACUUUGAUCAUUCAUGAACUCCCAAGUUUUGCAUCAGACAUGAUAAGUCGAGUUCGCCCCGCUGCUCGCACAGUUCGAUUUGACUGCGAUGCCCAGGGAUAUCCUGCACCUGAAGUGCGCUGGUUCAAAGAUGGCCAGCCCCUAGUCAUCAAUGGUCGCAUUAAGGUGAUGCGGUCAGAGGACAACAAGUUUCUGCGGAAGGUGCGACGCCACAUGGUUGAAGACAGUGGCCCACCACACCAGCGGCGCCCCGCGAGCAAUGUGCUCGUCAUCUCUCACCCAGUGAAGCGUGAUGCAGGCUUCUACCAGUGCCUGGCUACCAACGUAGCUGGCAUGAACACCCUCGCUGCUCGACUGGUGCUGAAUGCCUCAGGGGACCAGCCGAUCCCUCCGACUGGUUUAAAGGCUGUGACAAAUUCAAGCACAGCCAUUCUACUUUCCUGGAACCCCUCUGCGAUAUCGCCAGGACAGACAAUCCAGGCCUACUCAAUCCACUACCUCCCCACAGCAGGUGGCAAUGAGCUUCAGAAGGUCUCUGUGAACACGGCACUCCUUAUAGAAAAGCUGAUGCCCUUCACCAAUUACACAUUCUACGUGCGGGCCUACAGUGGCAAGGGUGCCAGUGAGCAGUCCGAGAAAGUAAUCCAAAUCACUGGAGAAGACGUGCCGCUUGGUGCCCCGUCUGUGACUGUGACCAGUCUCACUCCAACAACCAUGCACAUCUCAUGGAGCGAGCUCCCACCAACUGUUGCCAGGGGCAACAUUGCACUCUACCGCAUCCACUACCGCCUGCACGGACAGAAUUAUAACAACGUGUUGGUUGUCAAGGGAACCGUCCGAGAGUACACCAUCACUGGUCUGGAACCGAACAAGGAGUACGAUGUGCGAGUUAUGGCUGGAACAGCCGAGGGAUUUCCAGUUCUCUCGGAUGAAGCUUGGCCCUGGGUCACCUACCGCAUGCCCCAUAAGUCCUCCUCAACCAUGCCAUUGCCUCCAGUUUUGUACCUGAUCGUCAUCAAUGCCACUACCCUGGAGGCCCGGUGGUCUGUGUCCCCAGAGGAAAAGAACCUGAUGUCGGGUUUCAAGCUGCGCUUUAGAGAGCAGGGCAGCCAGUUCCUGGACCCUAUUGUCCUGCCCAACACAACCUUCUCCUAUGUAGUGUACAACUUGAAGCCUCAAACCUGGUAUGAGGUGCAUGUGUCUUGCUUCAACCAUCUUGGGGAUGGCCAGGAAGCUGUACAGACAAUCCUGACCCACCCUGAAAACCUGACUGUAGAAGGUGAUGUGGACCCGCCAGGUGGCUUGGAAGCAGAGCCAACGUCACCACGUUCUAUUCGCUUGUCCUGGAAGCCACCAAACUCCAUUCACAACAUUACCUACUACACUGUUCGGUACAGUGCUGUUCAUCCCCAAAACAACAUGAACUCUUCUGUGGUACAUUACGUUAGAAGCACGACACCGGAGGUCGUUGUGAAGGACCUGCAGCCGUACACACUGUAUGGCUUCGCCGUAAGAUCCCACGAGGCUGACAACCGCCCUGGCCAUUUCAGUCAGCUCAUCGAAUGUAGGACAAGCGAGGACAAACCGACCGUGCCCCGCGACGUCACUUGGGCACCUGUAGACCUUGGCUCCAUAAGGCUCAACUGGAUGGCGCCCGAGUUCCCCAAUGGCAUCAUUCAGGCCUACCACAUCUUCUACAAUGCCAAUGUGGUUGACACAACGCAGGUUGACAAGUGGAAGAAUAAGCAGGAGCCAGGAACGCAACUGACAUCUAUACUGAAUGGAUUGUCCAUCAACACAGUGUACUCGUUGCGCAUGCAAGCCCAGACCACAGUUGGCCUUGGUCCCCUGACCCAAGUCAUCAAGUUUGUCAUCAGUGUGCCAUCACGUAGUACCAUCUCUCCUCACCCUCAAGCUGCAGGCCAGGAAGUAAAUGACCCAUCUCUUGGAAUACUGCUGGGCGUACUGGCGGGCCUGUUGUGCAUGGCUGCAUGCGCAAUCAUCAUACUCUACAAGAAUAGCAAGUGCGGCUGUUCUGGUAGCAGCGUGGAGCAGCACGGACCAUCCACUGGCAGAUCGUGCUUUGCAGCAUUUUUCGGUCAGUGCAAGAUGCCAGCCCCAGCUCGCGAGCUUGAAGUGCUCUCAGUUACUUCUCCAAGUCCUGGAAACCACCUUGACACAAAGGGAGGCUACCCAGCAACGCAAUGUAAUGGCAAAACAAACGGGCAUGCCAGAGGGAAGCAACCAAAUGGCACAGCACCAAACGGGCAUGUGGGCAAUGGCAGUGCCGUUUGCUUUAUGAAACCUUCAAGUUCGCAAAAGCAAAGGGUUGACAACGACCCAGAGUCUCGGCUCCCGUUGCCACGCAGCCAACACCGAUAUAAUGCUCACGACUACUCCGUGCAAGAAGACGGGGACGCGUGGGACCCAGAGGCUGUGCCUGCGCCUACGCCGCUCCUUGCGGACGACUCCGUCGCCAGCAGAACGUGGAAGGUUACCGACAACUCUACAGCCGCCGAGGACGGCACGAUCGACGUGACGGUCUGCUCGGCCGACGACCGGAGUGCCUCCUCGCAUCUUCUGCGCAGUGGACCUUCGGAACAGACCAGUGUGACAUUGCACAAUGCGGAGGAGACCAAAAACCUUGUGGGGCCCAUCUAGCAGAACUCAUGGGGGCCUACUGUUUGCAGGGAAAAUAGAAAGGAAUUUGAGAGAUGGACAAAGCUCAGCGCUACCUCUGUGCAGGUUCCUUGCCAACAGUGUCGUGUGCUGGCCAUAUGUCACUUAAAUGUCACCGAAAUUUUGGUGUGAGCCAACAAACUAUGGAGGAAAAAAAAGGGAACGGCGGGUAGGCGUGAAAAAUGACAUUGGAGCUCGUGCGUUAAGAAAGAGGCUCUGUGCCUUGUUAGUGUACAUUGUAAAAAAAAAAAAAACUUUUUAUUUCUGUCGCUUAAUCAAACAGCCUCAAGGUGUGGGCCCAUUGGCCAGCAGAUGCUAGUCAGGAGUGCAUGCCAAACUUGGCCGUUGUCCAAGAUCCACGUUAUCAUAUGAUGGCACGACAUUGUGCGCAAGAAACCUUGGUCAGUAGCUGGGUCGUCGAUUUGACUUUCCAGAUGUUCUGCGACUAGUGCAGACCCUCGCAGUCGCUUGAGUCAAAGCAUGUUUUGCUGUUUGACCCGACACAUCAUGGCAAGGCACUACAGUAUUGCUCGUUCCGAGCAUAUGUUACCGUAGCAGUACAAACAUGACCGAAUGGGGUAUUGGCAGUGUUGAUGCUGGUGGCAACGUGUAGCUAGGCACUUCUUGCUUAUUUGCUGGGUCUUGGAGUGAUGUCUCUACUUGUCGUUAAGGUCACAUGGUGUAAUUGAAAACAAGAUUUACCUAGUUUUCAGUUGACCGCUUUUCCGUCCUGGAGCACAAAUGUUUAAGAGUCAGGGGUGCUCUGUGUGGAAAAGGAACUGAAGCUUUAUGCUCGCGUGUGUUUCUCUUCAUUACUUCAUCAAAAAAGUGAAGGAGGGGAUUGUUUUGUUCAGUGUCACGAAAAAAAAUGCCUCAUAGCAUCUUCAUUGUCAACAGUGCCCCUGGUUGCAGCUUGCCUGAUGACAGCAGUGUAAUUUCUGAUGUGGUGACAAACUUGAAAAGCUUCCAUGCCACUGGUGACAUGCUAAAAAGACGACGCUUGCAGCGGAAGCAGCUUCGUGGCCAAAAGUGGCAGGAGUUGCAACGGGGAAUCUCAUCUUUCGGUAUACUCCACGCUCAGGUUACUCAGCUAAGAAACCUCUACACAUGCUCAG